CGCGAUUUAAUCUCAAAAAAGCAUACGCAGCUCGACGUCGCAGUUUGCUAGCAGCAUCAUGAGGAAUCUUCAAUCAGUCUUGCUUUGGGUGAUCGUGGGUACUAGUUUCGCUCAAAACAAUCACUUCAAUUCCUAUCUGAAUCAACAAUAUCAACAACCGGCCACACUACUCGAUUCUAUGCAUACAAUCUAUCAUCCCGAAGGGGGAUAUAACAAUCCAUGCAGAUAUUCCUCCGAUCCACAGUGCACUGAAAGAGCAACAGUCCCGACAAAAGCUGGGCCAAACGAACAAUGCCCUCAAUCCUACGGUUCCUUCAGAAACAACCUGGACAACGGAAAGUUCAUAAGAUGCAUCGAGUACUUACCCUAUUAUUUCGAAUGUCCCGCUGGAACGAUCUACGAUCAUUCAAAUCAUCGCUGCGAUUAUCGCAACAAGGUUUACAACUAUGAUGGAUAA